GCUCGUCAGUCUUCACAUCACAGCUGCCGCCGGAAACACGCAGCUCCUAGUACCUCUCCAAGGGGCCACGAUGCAACUCCCUCAUAGCUUCGUGGCCUACCUACCCUGCAUCCCCCUCCACCCCGUGAGGCAGUAGCGAAGAAGCUAUGCCCGCCACGAAGCUUGCUGACCGUUCCUGGCUACAGGAUUAUAUCUCUGACCACUUGUGGCGGGCUCUCUCCGCUUGAGCGGCCAUUGAAUAGUCUCUCCUGCUCAUCCCACCCCCUUUCCCGUUUUGGCUAUCAUGUUCUCCCGACUGGCUCUGAAGGCCGUGAGGCCGCCAGCAUUCCGAGCCGCCGCCCUCCCGGGCCACACCCGGUUCGUCUCCACUACUGCCGGUCUCGCCGCUAAGGCCAGCCAGGGCAGCAGGGGCAGGCAGAUGCCUCAGUCCCUGUCCCCCGGCACGAAGCCUGCCUCCGGCAUGGAGGCUACACUGACCAUCCGGGACGGCCCCAUUUUCCACGGCACCGCUUUCGGGGCUAACUCGAACAUCUCUGGCGAAGCUGUCUUUACUACCUCUCUCGUCGGCUACCCGGAGUCGAUGACUGACCCUUCCUACCGUGGCCAGAUACUCGUUUUCACCCAGCCGCUGAUCGGGAAUUAUGGUGUCCCGUCUGCACAGCGUGACGAGUGGAACCUGUUGAGACAUUUCGAAUCCCCCCACAUCCAGUGUGCGGGAAUCGUUGUGGCUGACGUGGCUGAAAAGUACAGCCAUUGGACCGCGGUGGAGAGUCUAAGCGACUGGUGCGCGCGGGAGGGCAUACCCGCCAUCUCGGGCGUCGACACCCGCGCCAUCGUCACCUACCUCCGGGAACAAGGCUCUUCCCUAGCUAGAAUCUCGGUUGGAGACGAGUACGACGCCGACGAGGACGAGAGUUUCGUCGACCCGGGCCAGAUCAACCUCGUCAAACGCGUCAGCACCAAGGCCCCCUUCGUAGUGGAGGCUCGGGAUCCCAAGUACCACAUCGCACUCAUCGACUGCGGCGUCAAGGAGAACAUCCUCCGCAGCUUGGUGAGCCGCGGCGCGAGUGUCACGGUGUUCCCUUACGACUUCAAGAUCCAGAAGGUCGCUGAUAACUUCGAUGGCGUGUUCAUCUCCAACGGCCCCGGCGACCCAACCCACUGCCAGUCCACCGUCCACAACCUGAGGGUGCUGAUGGACACGUCUCAGGUUCCCAUCAUGGGCAUCUGCUUGGGUCAUCAGCUGCUAGCUCUAGCCGCCGGGGCGCAGACUAUCAAGCUCAAGUAUGGAAACCGCGCUCACAAUAUCCCGGCGCUGGAUAUGACCACAGGACAAUGCCACAUCACGAGCCAGAACCACGGCUAUGCCGUGGAUGCCAGCACCCUGUCGAGCGACUGGAAGGAGUACUUUGUCAACCUCAACGACGGCAGCAACGAAGGUAUGAGACACGUUUCGCGACCCAUCUUCUCAACGCAGUUCCAUCCCGAGGCCCGCGGCGGCCCGAUGGACAGCGCCUACCUGUUUGAUAAGUAUAUCGAGGACGUGGCGGCCUUUAAGUCCUGUCAGACCGUCUACAAGGACAACCGCCCGUCGCAGUUCAUGCUCGACAUUCUUAGCAGAGAGCGUGUCGGCGUCCAACCCGAACCUCUGGCGAGUGCUGCUUGAAUAUGAUGGGCAAACUUGCCCAGCGUCACGUCCUCAAGGAGAGGGUGUCUGCUUUCCCCGCCGCCUUGGUAAAUUGGCUAAGCCCCUAAAAGAAACGUACUGAGUGAUUCAGGGGGGCCGUCUUCCCACAGCUGUCAGCGUUGGGUUCUACAUUUGGGCUGAUCGCCGGCCUCUACUGUUUUGUGACGCAUGUUGAGGAAGAGAAACCAACGUUUCUGUAUUAGCCGAAUCCGAUAAUAGAAUACGUGGUAUGAUUUCUCCCAAA